AUCGAGCCUGGAGAUCGCUCUUCCUCUUCCUCACGCAAGCAGACUUCGGCACCUCACAGCUUAUACCUUUCGUUUGUUACCGGUUUAUUUAAUACAGCUCAAUGGCCUCCACGGGCAGCAGAAAGCGGGUGAUGAUUGAGUCGCCCAAAUCAUCAACCGUCAGCUACGCGAACCCGUUAUCUACACCUUCGCGCAAGGCUCAGCAAGAUGUACAAGUCAGCCCUGGGAAAUCAGACAGAAAAGUUCUACUGGUGUCUACCCCGUCUUUUAGGAAUCACGGUGUAGCCAAUUGCAGUUUGUUUUCCGAUCGCAAACUGGCAGUUGCCGUUUCACCCACUCGCGCCAAGUCACCGUCGAGACCAGCAGUCGCGGUCUCGCCUUCAAAACUUCGAGAGCCUCAUAACGCUCAUUCUUUACUGAAGAUAAAGCCACAGCGGGAUAAUCAGCUUGCAAUGGCAAACUCGGCAAAGAAGACAAAAGAAGCUGAGGUUUCGAUGAUGACCCCGUCGAGAUCAGCACUCGGUAAACCCCAGCGACUCUUUCCUGCGUCGGCUUCGAGAAAUCGUGAAGGUCUUUUGUGCAUGAGUGAGAGUAGGGAGACUCAAAGGCGAGGUGGGGUAGUCAGACGGAAUGGUUUAUCACCACCUCGAUUGGGUGGGAAUCUGGAUAGAUCCACUGAGCUGCCGGUUGGUCUUAAGUCUCCCGCUCGUCGGCUUAACUCGAGCGUGAUAUCAAAGUCUGCAAGAAAAUCUCCGAGUAACAAGUCUUCUGUGUUUUUGUCUUCUGUCUCUCUUUCACCUCCCAAAAUGGCUCCUCUUUCUGCCUCUCGAGCAACAGAUCGACGGACUAUCAAUUCCUCGCCGACGAGAGCGGCGCGGUCGAAUGGAGGUCAGAAAAAUGAUGAAAACAGAAUGACGCCAGCGAGGAAUCUCGACACUCCAACCAAGAAACAUGAGAAAGGCACCUUGGACGUUAUCUCGGAAGCAGAUACAAAGAAAGACCACGACUCUGCUAGUACGGCACUGCUUGAGCAGGCAUAUGACAGACUGAAUAUUCAGGAUCAAAGCUCAGCAUCGACGCGAAAGGAGCUGGAGGAAGAUGGAACAAAGAACGAAGACUCUGUCAGGCAUCGAUCUACAGCCAGAGAUGUUACCACAAAGGUUCCGAUCAAACCUCCACACAUGACAGCUUCAAUCUCGAAAGAUAGCUCUACAUCCAAAGCCUCGGGAACCCGAAAGCCAGUGGGAUCAUCGCUACCACGAAUGGUGGUGAAUAGGCAGACUUCUGUGAAGCCCAAAGCGGGAGACUCAAAACCUCAGUCGGCCAAAACUACUGAACCUCUCUCUGGCGUCACGGCUUACCUUGAUAUUCGAACCGAUGAGGGCGACGACGCGUCGGCGACUUUCAAGUCUAUGCUUUGCAAACUGGGUGCUAAGGUCGUGAGACAGCCUUCGCGGUCAGUCACUCAUAUCGUAUUUAAGAGAGGUAGUCCAAAGACGCUACACACAGCUCAGGAGAUGAAUUUAAGCUGCUUAUCGAUCUCAUGGAUCAUUGAGUGCAAUAAGCAACAGAAGCGGAUCCCUGAGUCUGAUUUUGUUGUCGAAGCUGAGGCUGGAGCGAAGUAUAAGCAUCACAGACGCCGAAAAUCCCUGGAACCGAAGGCGCUACCAGUAACUCCACAGAAGAAAGUCCUACAACAGAAAGCUGAGCCGAGUUCCGACCCUAUUACUACCAGUGCCAACGUGAGUUCGCUCAGCACACCACCUGCAGAGCUCGCCCAUCAAUCAGCUCAUCGCGUGCCUCUACAUAGUCCGUCUCACACGCCGAGGAUUAGCAGUCCUUUGGCCAAGAAAUGCUGGAAGCCUGAGGAUUUGGAGGGCUAGGAUCACCUAAAAUGCUUUCAUGAUACACUGAAUCAGGAUCAAAGUGGUGCGGAGAUGAGUUUAAGGCGUAAAGGAUAGCGAGAUUUGGCAAUUUGAUUAUGGGAUAUGUUUGGGCGUUGAUAUGCUGUUGGGUGCAGCGGCCGAGGACAUUGUUUCUGAUGAGAAAGUGAUUUAAAUAUAAGUCGAUG